GCCAAGUCAGGUUUGAGAAUGCAACAAACCGAUAGUAACCGAAGCCUGAGACUAGCCCGUACAUUCGUAACGCAUGCUUUUUAAUUGUUUAUAAACAUUUAAAACUCGUCAUUCAAUAUGAGUGGAGCCGAACAAGGAGAUGCAUUUGAUGCCAUUACCGUUUACAAUUUUUGUGAAAAGAUUUCAGAGCAAACGAUACACUUUCAUGUGAUGAAGAUGAACGGCGGCUUCUUCCUCUGGGUCGGGGCGAGUCCAACCUUGUCCAACUUGGCAGUUUCGAUGAUUAGCAAAUUUGAUUCCGUGCCGUUAUCAAUGCUCCUCAUGGGAGAUAAAUCUGAGACCGCUCCAAAUGCAUUGGCACAGAGAUUAGCAAAGAAGACCAAUAAGCAAGUGUUUGUGAGUUAUAAUCUCCCAAUGGUCAACACUAACCUGGCCCUGCAGGUGGAGGAUAGGAUAAAAAAGGAGAUGGGAAAUCACCCGGAACACUUUUAAUGAUUUAUCCUCCUAUCAGUUAUCUCAUAGCCCUCUUUUGUAGUUAGCCUCUGACAGGAAGGAAACCCUGUAUCGUUUUUUGUUUCUUUUAAUGCAACUUUGCUUUCUUUAUAAUACAAAAACUGAGGCUUACAUAGAUAUUUCAUGUUCUGUAAUCACACGCAGACCCCUUUGUUACAUCAAAUCAGGUGUUAAUUUAUUGACAUUAUCAAUAAAUUAAAUGGUUUAUUAUCAAAACAUGUAGGCCUAUGUCUUUUUGUACAAAUGCAUCGUAUUAUAA